GGGGUCGGGCUACGACGACCACAGACAGAAGCAGGAAAUGUCUCGUGUGUAUGUAUAUAAGAGAGAGAAGAGAGACGUGUUUCUCCUUGCAUGACUGGUUCCCUGGCUUCUCUCUGCUCAGACGUGUUCCACUGCUGACUCAUUUUUUAAGAAUGCUCCCAUUCCAGGCUGCUCCAGGCCAGUUCGGCCCAGAGGUCCGGGAGCAGGGCCUCCAAGUGUGGAGGGUGGAGAAGAUGAAGGCCGUGCCGCUGGAUGCCUCAGAGGUGGGCUCCUUCUAUAACGGGGACUCCUACCUGGUGCUGGAGAACCGCGGCGAGCAGGGAGCCGACAUCUACAUGUGGAUAGGUGAGAAGUCUUCUCGGGACGAGCAGGUGGUGUGUGCCAUGCUGGCCACUCAGCUGGACAACUUCCUGGGCGGUGACCCCGUCCAGCACAGGGAGGUUCAGGGCUACGAGUCCCCGGAUUUCAUGGUGCUCUUCCCCAGAGGUGUCAGCUACAAGGAUGGAGGUGUAGAGUCAGGCUUCAGGAGGUCUCAGGGCUCAGGGACGGUGCACAGGUUGUACCAGAUCAAAGGGAAACGCAACAUCCGUGCCAAGGAGGUGGAGAUGUCCUGGAACAGCUUCAACAAGGGAGACUGCUUCAUCCUGGACCUCGGACAGACCAUCGUGUCGUGGAUCGGAUCUCAAGCCAACAUCUUCGAGAAGCAGAAAGUGCGCGAGAUCGCCUCGCUGAUCCGGGACACGGACAGACACGGCAAAGCCAAAAUUGUGGACGCCAAUGAGGGGGAGGAGCCUGAAGAGAUGCUCAAGGUCCUGGGUCAGAUGCCGGCGCUGGCAGAGAGUACGUCAGAGGAGGACACCAAAGCGGACGCUUCCAACUCUGCCUCACUCUACAAGGUGUCUGACGCUACGGGUUCCAUGGCCAUAACCAAAGUGUCGGGGAAGAGCCCGUUUAGUCGGGAGCUGCUGGUCCGCGACGACUGCUUCAUCCUGGACAACGGCGCCAACGGAAAGAUCUUCGUGUGGAAAGGUAAAGGAGCGAACCCUGAGGAGAGGCGCGAGGCCUUACAGAUGGCGGAUAACUUCAUCGAACAAAUGAAGUAUCCCAGGAUGAAAACACAGGUGGAGAUUCUGCCGCAGGGGAAGGAGACCAUCAUCUUCAAGCAGUUCUUCGGGAACUGGAACUGAACGUUUCUGACCAAACUCCAGGGGAGGAUGAGAACCUGAGAACAUCUCAUACAGAACAUGUACAUAUUUGUUUGUAGAUUGUUCUGGACCAGAAUCAGAGAUGUGAUGCCACUUUUAUAAAUGCAAACCUGUUUCUUCUGCUAACAUCUCAGUCGUACAAAAAGUGAAUUAGCUUUUCUUUUCUUUUUUACAUUUGUUCUAGUGUCACAGAUAUGGUGCCUUUGGAAAAAAAAAUAAACCUGCUUGUUACUUGUAAA